ACCGUCACCUCUCCCUCCCCCGCUCCUCCUCCUUCUCUUCGGAUCCCUUCCCACCUUCAUCCCACGCACCAAACCCACAGCCGCCGCCUCCCCCACCUCACAUCUCCCACCUCCUCUCUCCCCGCUCUCGGUGCCGGACGCGCGCGCGCGCACAUACGCGCGCGCUCCUAUUGCGUGCGCGUGCACCACCAGUACAGUAGAGGGAUCACGUGGGGCGGGGAGGGGAGAGGAGGAGCAGUGGAGGGAGAGCGUCGAGAGAGGGAGAGGGGGGGGCGGAGGCACCCAGACGAAGCGCGUGAGAGUGCGCGCGUUCCCGCGGGCCGCCAGUCUGCGCGGAGAGCGAGCGAUGGCGACCUGUGCUCCUAUACAAGAUGACGACUUCUCCACUUUCGUGUUCAGCUGCUUCGCAGCGGAGAGAGGCGACUCCUGCCAGGCGGGUGCCCUGUUUGGAGACGACCAGCCCCUGUGCUGCCCGGCUGAUUUGACGUCUGACCUCACCUCUGACCUGGUGGACCCUGACCCCGACUUGGAGCUGCCUGAUUUGGACGUGAGCGACCUCGACACCGAUGGCUUCUUCGGGGCUCUCAAGUGGUACGGGGAGCAGGCGGGCUUCCAGGACAAGUCCGACGACGACACGGAGGACUCGCUCCUCGCGGCGCUCGCCGAGGGACUGAGCAGCAUCGAUGGCAUCUCUUGCCUGGACGGCAUCGGCGGCCUGGCGUGCAGCCCGGCGGGAGGGGCGUGCGGCGACGGCGGCAGCAGCGGCGGCGACGACGACGAGAUGGCCUCGCUGCACACCCUGGUGGCCGCCGCGCGGCCCAUCGCCGCGGAGACGGCGGACACCCCGGCCGAGGAGGAGGAGGAGGAGGAGGGGGAGGGCGACGAGUGGCAGGAGUUGGAGGAGAAGCAGCAGCAGGAGCCGUCGCUGCUGAAGAAGUUGCUGCUGGCGCCCGCGAACACGCAGCUCAGCUACGAGCACCGCGUGGGGGGCAGCGUGCGCUGCCGCGGCGGCGGCUCCGGCGCCGCCGCCGCCGCCGCCUCCUCCUCCUCCUCCUCCGCCCAAGCCGCCGUCAGGCCCCACAAGCUGCCUCUGCCCCUCAAGCCAAAGCCUCUGCUGAGCGGGAGGUCAGCGCCAAACUGCACGGAGCUGCUGCGCUACCUGUGCACGGACGAGGACCCCUCGCCCUCGCACUCUGAAACUCGGGCCACCCGGGGGGGUGGCCGGCCGAAGAAGAAGGCGGCGGCGGCGGCCACGGCCACGGCCACGCAGCCCCAGGCGACCCAGGCGGCGAGACUCACGUACAGAGAGGCCAAAGCACCCAGCCUGUCCUUGCCUCUCACUCCCAACUCCCCAGGGGAAGGCAAAAGCUUCUCCUCCUCCUUUGAAAACAAAACUUUGGACAGGACGCUAAGCGCGGAGCUCUCCAGCACCGCCGGACUAACGCCGCCCACCACACCGCCACAUAAGCAGCAGCACCUGGACUCGCUCCUGUCCUUCCGCGCCAGCAAACACAAGCAGCCGGCGCUCAGCCGCUGCGAGAGCGGCGCCGCCAAGCGCGUGCGCGGCUCCCUGGUGGUGGCGUGCGCCGGCGGCGCGGCCGGCGGGGCCGGCGGGCGGGUGCUGGAGCAGAGCGAGCUGUACGCCCAGCUUCGCAAGGCCAUGGUGGGCAAGCCGGCAGGGCAGGGCGCCGGCGGGGAGCGGCGUGUCGGCAAGAAGCCGAGCCCGCGCCUCUUCGGCGACCACGACUACUGCCAGGCGGCGACAGCGGCGCCGCAGUGCGUCCUGAUCGCUCCUCCGCACGCCGGCCACGUGCACCAUCGGCAGUACCAGCGGCGGCCGACGCCGGCGGCGCCCGCACCCGUGCUCGCGGCGACGCCGGCUCCGGCGGCGGCGCCGGCGCAGACGCUCGCGGCGGCGCCGGCGCCGCAGCCGUGGGCGAGGCAGGCGGCACCCGCGUGCGCGUCAGGACCGCUGCACUCUGAGGUCUCGGCGGAGAGCUGCGAGGCGGCGGAGGAGGCUGCCGCCCGGCGGACGUACGACGGCGAGCGCCUCUCCCAGUGCUCCUCCUCGUCCUCCUCGGGCGUCUUCGACUCGGACGACGAGGACCUGGAGGAGGGCGACGCCGAGAAGCUCCACCGAUCGGGGAAGACGGCGCCGCCGCCUCCGCAGCCGCCCUGUGUGCCGGCGCGGCCCGAGCCCGGCCGGGAGAGCCGCUCGGCCCCCGUGUCUCGCCGGAACUCGAUGUGCAAGAGCCCGGCGGGUUGCGGCAGCGACGGAGAGGAGGGGAUCGACGCACGGGGCGGGGGCAGACGCGAGCGUCGCCGCGCCGGGGGGCGGGAGGGGCCGUCCCCCGGCGCCGGCGGCGGAGGGUGGGGCUCGCAGCCGGGCUCCCCGGCGGCCAGCCCCCCGUGCCGCGACUCGCCGCCCUUCGUGAUGUCGUCGCCGUCCUCCCCGCUGCAGGCGCGCGCCCACGGGCACGACCGCUCGCGCUCCCGCUCAGGAUCGCCGCCAGCGUAUGGCAGGUUCCUCCACCACCGGAGCCGCUCGGGAUCCCCGUGCUGGACUCGCUUUGGCUCUCCUCCCUCCCAGACGCUCCUCUACCAGCACCAAAGCAGGUACGAGUGUGACGAGUAUGAGCGGAGCAAGCGGGAGGAGCACCGGCGGGAGUACGAGAAGCGCGAGAUCGAGAGAGCCAAGCAGAGAGAGCGCCAGAGGGAGAAGGCCUUUGAGGAGAGGCGCGUGGUGCACGUGGGGCGGCUGCCGUCGGACCUGUCGCGAUCCGACCUGCAGAAGAGGUUCGAGGUGUUUGGGGACAUUGAGGAGUGCGUCAUCAACCUUAAGGACAAUGGCGAGAGCUACGCGUUCCUGACGUUCCGCUUCACGUGCGACGCUUGCGCCGCCGUGCAGAGCGGCCACACGCUGAGCCGGCCCGGCGAGUGCCACCUCGACAUCGGCUACGGUGGACGCCGCCUCUCCUGCCGCACCGGCUACACCGACCUGGACCCCACCACGGACGACUUUGAUCCGACCGCCUCCAAGAGCAAAUACGACACCAUGGACUUUGACAGCCUGCUCCGCGAGGCCCAGUGCAGCCUGCGCAGGUAACGCGUCUCUCGGCGCCACGGCAAACCGUCUCCCGGCAAACCGUCUCCCGGCAAACCGUCUCCCGGCAAACCGUCUUCGGCAAAUCGUCUCCCAGCAACCGUCUCUGCGGCGAUGGCAGGGCCGCCCUCCUCCUCCACCCCCCCAGCCCCGCCUCCGUCGCCUCCGCCCCCCGCUACCCUCCCCGCGGAGGGCCUCGUGCCACCACACCUCCACGCUCCGUUCGAGGGCACCGCGCUGCAGAAUACAAACGACAAACGCCGUCGAUUUGACCAAUGACCGCCCGGAACCUGAAGGCGCCGGGGUUGAACGGCGUGGAAAACGGCCGAAGGUGGACAAUCGCCUCGCCGUCGCCCCAUGGGUGGACAAUCGCCUCGCCGUCGCCCCGCGGGUGGACAAUCGCCUCGCCGUCGCCCCCGCGGGUGGACGAUCGCCUCGCCGUCGAGCGUUGGACAGCGGCGAAGAAAUCUGCUUUACACUACAAUAUACUAAGAGAAGACUAAAGUUUACAGAUAUGUUGCAGUACAUUUAUUUAGGUGCCAGUAAUUAAAGAGAAUGAAACAAAAUAUAUAUAUAUAUCCGGGGCUUGUAUUGAAGGGAAGUUGUCGAUUUAAUGACGAGGCGUGGCGCGUACGCCACGUUGCGUCCGGUCGCCGCCAAAACGAGGUGGGGGCGGUGCGGGGGGCGGGGGGUGCACUUGGUCUGCGCUCAGGAAUUGUGAAGAGGUGCGAGGACCCAGAGAAUGAUGCCCCCCCCCCCCCCCAUCCGCCGCCCCUGUCGUCGCUACCGCCCCCGGAGAUCCACGGCCCGAGCCAGCGAACAGGCGGUGAGCGGCGGAUCGGGGAGGGGGUUCCUGGAGCGCACAAAGUCGUUGGGAUUGCGCAAUCGACCCCCCCCCCCUCCCUCCUCGCCCCCCACCCCCCCCCCCCAUCGUGGGGGUUGGGGGGGAUGUUGGGAUUUUUGAAAAGGUUUUUUUUUUCCUCCCCCCCAGCGCUGUCACAAGCCACGCGGUUACCUGUGGAAUUUUGUUAAUUGCAGAUUUAAAUGGUAAAUAAAUUAAGUAUUUUUAUCUGUAUGAUAUAUUCUAAAAUAAUAAUAAUAACUUUGUUACAACUAUGCACUGUAUAAGAUGCAGCCAUUUUUUUUUUGUUUUUAUUUUCUGGUUUGUGUUGUGUUUUGAUUUUAUUUUUAUUUUUACUCCGUUCCUGGAAAUCCUUUCUUAUUUCAUGUUUACAGAGCUGUCGACGCGACAACGAAGUUCAUUGUUACACGAUGUACACGAUGUACACGAUGUACACACGAGGCACGCGCCCGCCGCCUCUAACACGGCCGCCGCAGCAGCCGCAGAGUGAAUGUGCGGGGUUUAGGGUGGAAGACACUUCGCAGACAAAAUAAACUGGUCAGGAUCGCCGUCGCGGCCAUCACGGCCAUCGCCACCGCGGCCACGAUCUCCGCUGCCGUCGCGGUCGUCGGCACCGCGGUGGUCGUGAUCGCCGCUAGCCAAGCCGCGAGAUCGCACGCCCCUGACCCCCGUCGCAGCAGCAGCAGCAGCAGCAGCCGCCGCCAGAGAAUGCUCGGGCAGAAUUUUGCUCGGACAAAAGGAGACGAGAGCGCCGAAUAUUUUCCACGUUCUACGAUUGAAAUCGAAACGUCAAUUUAGAAACGCUUGAUUUUUUUCGAUACUGCCUCGAAACGUUUUUUUAAUGAACGGAAAUGCUAAAUCGUAAUAAUAAUGAUAACGAUGAUAAAUAAUCGCAAAGGCCAGUUUAAGGAAGGGGGGGGAAAAAACAAGCAAAUGAAAUUUUGUUAUUUAAUUGAGAUUCUGGCUUCUGUGACGAAACAUGCGCAGGCAGACAGCCUGUUUCCUGACGGGAUAGUGGGGAGCUUAUCUCCCCCUCCCUGCCCCCCUGGUGCACCAUUGAGAGAGAGAGAGUGUGGAUCUCGAGGGGAAGGAACGGCAGUGACAAUAGGUUUUUAUAUGUAUUAAAAAAAAAACGUAGGAUGCAUUUUUGAUACACCGGCUGGUUUUUCCUUUUUUUUAGUUUAUUUAAAAAAAAACGCGAAAACGCGUCGUUUGCGUUGCUCUUCCUUUCCUUUCGGACGACAAACCGUGAACGCACGAUGGAUGACGGGGAGGGGGUUGGGGGCUCCAAGAGCCACCAGCAACGCCGAGCUGCGGCGGCCGCGCUCGAGGUCGGCCUUUGCGGGCGUUUCUCACGAGUCCUUUUCAGGGUCGCCCCAAGAAAAUAAAAAUAUAUAUAUGAACGCGUGCGUGAAUAAAGGCCGCGCCAAUUAAUUCCUUGAAACAACGCGAGCGAAUUUCGCGCGUCGCCGGAUUAAGCGAAUUGUAAAAUUAAAAACGGCGUCAAGCCAAUGCCGGGGCCCUCCAAUUUAGCGAACGAUUGCAUUUGCGCGUUGCGGCAAAUCCCCAAUCCCCCCCCCCCCCCCGCGCUUUCCCCGUAAUUGGCACGUCGUUGAGCGGCCCGGCAGGCCCCCGCUUGUUUUGGGUGUGCAAUUACCCCCGCGGAAUGAUUACAUUCGCGAGCCUUUUUAUUUUUUUGCAGAGUUGGCAAGCCAGCUUGUGCCCUCGUCAGGAAGACGAGGAUCGAAAGGAGAGCGCAACCCCCCCCCCCCCCCCCCCACCGCGUGUGACCUCCGUGCCCUCGAGGGCGAGUCUUGCCCCCACGGAGCAAAACGGGGCUGUCUGGCAGCGCGGACAGCGCGUCGCGAGGGACGGGGUAGGAGACAAACGUGAGCGCCGACCCGGUCGAAGGGGAUGAAACGCGAGAGCUGUCCGACUGCCCAUCGGCAGGAGCGGCCACAACACGGCGAGCGGUUCGGUUGGCGCGGCGAACGACGUGGCAACCCAGCUGCGAGCGCAGCGGGGACGAUUGAAAUAAAAGCGGCUCCUCUGGUGCGUCGUCUCGCUCCGGCGAGCUACCCGGUGGGAGCCGUGGCGCCCGAGCGAGCGCUCGGGGGGGGGGGGGGGGGGGGUUUGACGUCUCGGAGCGCCGCUUGGACGAUCCGCCGCCACAACCGAUGUACCAAGCCGAUGUCUUGGCGCCACCGAGGCCGGUCUCCGAUUGGAGCUUUGCGCUGUUGCUAGCGGCCCAUCGCAGACCCCCCCCCCUCCCCCGACAACCACCGCCAUCGUCACCACGUGCUAGGUUUUUUUUCUCUCUAUGAAACAUUUUUUUACAUCAAUUUGCAUUUUUCUCAGAUAAGAAAAUUAGGAAGGGUUUUAAUGAUUAAUUGAAUUCGCGUUCGGCUGCGGGUGGCGAGGACCCCCAGGGCCGGGAUGAUGUGAGCGGUUCCCGGCUCCUGCGGCGAAGCAAUCGCGACCGUCCUCUCCGCUCAGUGGCAGUUUAAAUAAAUAACCCCCGGUGCUGUUUAUAAUGGGCACGUUACGAACAAGUCCACCUGAAAUCUGUGCCUUUCUGAUCGGUGGGUAUACCCCGCAGGUAUCUUAUAGGUGGCAGACCCUGUGAUCUGUAGGUUUCUGAUAGGUGCGGCGCCUUCACUCUGGAGUUAUCUGAUUGCUGGUGGGGGGGCCAUGCAUUAAAUCUGUAGGAGAGUGGGGUGGUGGUGGUGGGGGUUGGGGAGAAGUGGCAGAGGUCACUUGUCACUGUGAUGGGGAGGCAGCUCCUGCUCGCUGCCGCUCCACCGCUGACUGACGCGUCUCCUUGUUGUGCUGUCAGGAGUCGCGCGUCGCUCGGGAGGGCCCCUCCAUCGAUACGGAGGCCACGCCAACAAAGGGGCAGGCAGCGCUUGUUUAUUUAUCCCUGUGACGGACGGGCGCAUGACCCGCGGGAACGUCCUCGAGCAAAUACCCCGCGGCGCAUUUGCAUUCGUAUGUGCAUUUAUGUAUGUUUGAUAUAUACGUGCACAUAUGAUGACAACAACAACAACAAUCUUACUGAUGUUUACUGCUGUAUUCUGCGGGCAAGCUGGUGGCUCGGGAUUUAAAGAUGAAAAGUGUCAUAAAUAACGUAAAAAAAGUUUGAAGUGAUUUUUAAUACCCACCCGGAAAAAAAUAUAUAAAAAAUACAUUUAAAUGAGACUAAAGAAUUAACGAAGGAACUUCAGUCCAUAUCUGUACAUAGCCGAGAAUUGAUCAUAGCAUAUUUAACUUGGAAUUGAGGACUGGGCUAAGCUCUUUGCUGUUUAGCUUGGCAGACACUUCGGUGAUGAUUAAUAAGUAAUAAUGGUUAUUUAAGUCUUCCAGUUUUAAUUUGUUUCAUUUUUUCCUCGUCCUUCUUCUAUCUCCGUCUCCUACGUGGGCCACCUCUGGUUUAGUUUGGAGCCCUGACAUUUGCUGUUGUUGGUGUGCGUGCGUGCGCGAGUGUGCGUACAUGUGUGUGUGUGUGCGUACAUGUGUGUGUGUGCGAGUGUGUGUGCGUGUAUAUACUGGGUGUAUCUAAACCAGUGAGAGGUGUGAUUCUGUGGCAAUAAACUGGAAAAAAACACUUUA